AUGGCGAACCCGGACGCGGUGUUCCCAGAACACGAUGUUUCCAGCCCUUUCAGCUUUUCUAAACAGGAGGAAGAGGUGCUUGCAUACUGGAAUGCCAUCGACGCAUUCAAGACGUCUUUAGAACAGUCCAAGGACCGUAAGCCCUUUUCCUUCUACGAUGGACCGCCGUUCGCUACGGGCUUGCCUCAUUAUGGCCACCUUCUUGCAGGAACAGUGAAGGAUAUCGUGACUCGUUUCGCCCACUCGACCGGUCAUUACGUGGACCGUCGCUUUGGUUGGGACUGUCAUGGUCUGCCUGUUGAGCACGAAAUUGACAAGAAGCUGGGUGUCAAGGGCAAAGAAGACAUCCUUGAAAUGGGCAUCCCCAAGUACAACUCGGAAUGCCGAGCCAUCGUGAUGCGCUAUCAAGCCGAGUGGCGCAAAACGGUCGAGCGCAUGGGUCGCUGGAUUGACUUCGACCAUGGCUACAGGACGAUGGACACCAAUUUCAUGGAAACAGAGUGGUGGGUGUUCAAGUCGUUGUUCGACAAAGGCCAAGUGUAUCGUGGACUGCGCGUCAUGCCGUACUCGAAUGCGUGCACGACGCCUCUUUCCAACUUCGAGGCCGGCAGCAACUACAAGGACGUCCAGGAUCCAGCUAUCACGGUGGCUUUGACGCUCCGCUCUGACCCAUCUACUUCGUUCCUGGCAUGGACGACUACGCCAUGGACUCUUCCGUCCAACUUAGCACUCUGUGUCCAUCCCGAGCUUGAGUAUGUCAAGAUCUAUGAUGAAGAACGCCAAUGCCACUUUAUCUUGUCACCGAACUUACUUACGACCGUGUACAAGGACCCGAAGAAGGCCAAGAUCAAGACCGUGCAAAAGUUCGUCGGUAAAGACCUUGUUGGCCUGGAGUAUGAGCCACUGUUUCCGUACUAUUACGAGGAGUACAAGGACCGCGCCUUCCGCAUUCUCUCUGACAAUUACGUCACAGCCGAUGCUGGUACAGGUGUGGUUCAUCAAGCCCCUGCAUUUGGUGAAGAUGACUAUCGCGUCUGUAUGGCGCACGGCAUCUUCACGAAGGAAGCACAGCCGCCAUGUCCUCUUGAUGAGUCAGGUCGCUUUGUCGAUCCCGUGGUGGACUACAAAGGUCUGGUUGUCAAGGACGCCGACAAACCCAUUAUCAAGGACCUCAAGGCGAAAGGAAAACUUAUUGUGCAGAGUGUGCUCACUCACUCUUACCCCUUCUGCUGGCGUUCUGGCACUCCGUUGAUUUACCGCACGGUGCCAUCGUGGUUCGUGCGAGUGGAGCCGAUCGUUGAAAAGCUGUUGGAGGCGAAUGAAAAGACGCUGUGGGUGCCCAAGACCAUCGGCAGCAACCGCUUUGGCAACUGGCUCGCGAAUGCGCGUGACUGGAACGUGAGUCGUAACCGCUACUGGGGUACGCCCAUCCCAUUGUGGGUCAGCGACGACCUGGAAGAGAUUGUGUGCAUUGGAUCCAUUGCAGAGCUGGAAGAGCGUGCUGGUGUGACGGGAAUCACAGAUUUGCAUCGUGAUAAGAUUGACCACAUAACGAUUCCAUCAAGUCAGGGCAAGGGCACGCUGCGUCGUAUUGAAGAAGUGUUCGAUUGCUGGUUUGAAUCGGGUAGUAUGCCCUACGCCCAAGCUCAUUAUCCCUUCGAAAACAAGGAGUCCUUUAUGCGCAGUUUCCCUGCCGACUUUAUUUCGGAAGGUCUUGACCAAACGCGUGGUUGGUUCUAUACGCUGCUGAUCCUCGGCACGCAUCUGUUUGGUGAGGCCCCAUGGAAAAACUUGAUUGUGACGGGUCUUGUGUUGGCGGCCGACGGUAAAAAGAUGAGCAAGUCGCUGCGCAACUUCCCUGACCCCUCUAUCGUGAUUGACAAAUACGGUGCGGACGCUGUGCGACUGUAUCUGAUCAACUCGCCCAUUGUGCGCGCCGAAAAUCUGCGCUUCCGUGAAGAGGGUGUCAAGGAUAUCAUCGCCAGUGUAUUUUUGCCGUGGCUCAACAGUUUCCGCUUCCUGCUUGCGCAAGUUGUUUUGCUCAAGAAAGAUACGGGCAUUGACUUUGUGUAUAACCCGCAUGCGAAGCCGGUCAACAACGUGAUGGACCACUGGAUUCUCGCGCGUUGUCAAAGUCUGAUCGAAUGUGUCCGGGAAGAACUCGGAAACUAUCGCUUGUACACGGUCGUACCGCGCUUGCUCACGAUGAUCAAUGAGCUCACCAACUGGUACAUCCGCUUCAAUCGCAGGCGCUUGAAGGGUGAGAACGGUGCAGAAGACACCCUGUCAGCCCUUAAUGCCCUGUUCGAGACACUGCUCACACUGUGUCUGACCAUGUCGCCGUUCACGCCGUUCAUCACCGAGAAUUUGUACCAGGGCCUCCGCAAGUUUAUGCCUCCCCACAAUACCGAGGGCGACAUUCGUUCCGUGCACUUUUUGCCUUUCCCUAGCGUCAAGGCCGAGUACCUCGACCCCGUGAUCCAACGUCGCUUCAGUGCGCUUCAAAGCGUUAUCGAGCUGGUUCGUGCGAUGCGCGAGAAGAAAAAUCUACCGCUGCGUGUGCCGCUGCGCGAACUUACCGUCUUCCACAGUGAUGCUCAAUUCUUGGAAGAUGUGCGCUCACUGUCGUCCUAUGUGGAAGAAGAGCUGAACGUGCGCGAGCUUGUUCUCACGAGCGAUGAAGCCAAGUGUGGCGUGUGCUUCAAGCUUCUAGCUGACUGGCCCACACUUGGUCGCAAGCUGCGCAAAGACAUGGGCAAGGUCAAGAAGGGUCUCGACCAGGUUACGUCGGCGCAGGCGAAGGAAUACAUGAUGACAGGUCAGAUCACGAUUGAGGGUAUCCCGCUCGGCGAGGGUGAUCUGCGUGCCAUGCGCUAUGUCGACGAGAAAAUGCUGCCACCACAUACGCUUAGCGACUCGGACGGUCAGGUCGUCGUGCUCCUUGACGGCCAAAUUCGCCCCGAGCUCCAGGCUGAGGGUAUGGCGCGUGACGUCAUCAACCGUAUUCAGCGGCUGCGUAAAAAGGCAGGCCUGCAGCCUACGGACGAGAUUGACUCGUACUAUCGGUUUACCGAGGGUAUGAAUGAGGCGCUAGACGAUGUCAUGAAGACGCAGACGGAUGUAUUUGUGCGAAACAUUCGCCGCGUCCCCCGUCCUGCCAGCGAGCUGAAGACGGAUGCGUCCGUCGUUUGUGAAGAGGAACAGGAAGUCCAGGAUAUCAAGUUCAUGCUUACGCUCGUGCGUGCGACGUAA